CCUUCCCAGAGCGAGUUGGAGUCUGCGCUCGGCCGCCGGGGAGAGUGGGGGGCACAAGUAGGAGCCAGGCGAACCCACAGGCAGAGCUGGGGACCUGACCAGGAGACAUGCCGGUGCUGUCCGAGGACUCAGGCUUGCACGAGACCCUGGCACUGCUCACCUCUCGGCUCAGACCUGACUGCAACCACAGGGAAGAGUUGGGUUUCCUGAGGGAUGUUUUCAGUGAAAAAAGCCUCAGCUACUUGAUGAAGAUUCAUGAGAAGCUUCGCUACUACGAGACGCAGAGCCCCACCCCGGUGCUGCACAGCGCGGUGGCCCUCGCCGAGGACGUGAUGGAGGAGCUGCAGGCCACCUCCGUGCGCAGCGACGAGAGGGAACUGCUCCAGCUGCUGUCCACCCCCCACCUCAGGGCCAUGCUCAUGGUGCAUGACACGGUUGCCCAGAAGAAUUUCGACCCUGUCCUCCCCCCUCUGCCCGAUAACAUUGAUGAGGAUUUUGAUGAAGAAUCAGUAAAGAUUGUCCGUUUGGUGAAGAACAAGGAACCCCUGGGUGCCACCAUCCGGAGGGAUGAGCACUCGGGGGCCGUUGUGGUGGCCCGGAUCAUGCGAGGGGGUGCAGCAGACCGGAGCGGCCUGGUGCACGUGGGCGACGAGCUCCGUGAGGUGAAUGGCAUCGCCGUCCUGCACAAGCGGCCCGACGAGAUCAGCCAGAUUCUGGCACAGUCCCAGGGGUCCAUCACCCUGAAAAUCAUCCCAGCCACCCAGGAGGAGGACCGCUUAAAGGAGAGUAAGGUGUUCAUGCGGGCCCUGUUCCACUACAGCCCUCAGGAGGACCGGGCCAUUCCCUGCCAGGAGGCCGGCCUGCCCUUCCAGCGCAGGCAGGUGCUGGAGGUGGUGAGCCAGGACGACCCCACGUGGUGGCAGGCCAAGCGAGUGGGGGACACCAACCUGCGAGCAGGCCUCAUCCCCUCCAAGCAGUUCCAGGAAAGACGACUCAGCUACCGGAGAGCCACAGGCACCCUGCCCAGUCCCCCCAGCCUCAAGAAGCCCCCCUAUGAUCAGCCUUGUGACAAAGAGACCUGUGACUGUGAGGGGUACUUCAGAGGGCACUACGUGGCUGGUCUUCGGAGGAGCUUCCGGCUGGGCCGUCGGGAGAGAGUGGGCAGCCCGCAGGAGGGGAAAAUGUCCUCAGUAGCUGAGUCUCCAGAGCUGCUGACCUACGAGGAGGUGACGAGGUACCAGCACCAGCCGGGUGAGCGGCCCCGCCUGGUGGUUCUGAUCGGGUCUCUGGGAGCCCGACUGCAUGAACUGAAGCAAAAGGUGGUGGCUGAGAACCCACAGCACUUUGGUGUCGCUGUUCCACACACCACCAGGCCUCGGAAGAGCCACGAGAAGGAAGGGGUGGAAUACCACUUUGUCUCCAAGCAAGCCUUUGAGGCCGACUUGCAUCACAACAAGUUCCUGGAGCAUGGUGAAUACAAGGAAAAUCUCUAUGGCACCAGCCUGGAGGCCAUUCAGGCCGUGAUGGCCAAAAACAAAGUUUGUUUGGUGGACGUGGAGCCAGACGCGCUGAAACAACUGAGGACCUCAGACUUCAAGCCCUACGUCAUAUUUGUAAAGCCUGCCCUUCAGGAGACAAGGAAGACGUCCCCCACGGCCCCAGCUGGCGAGGACGCAACAGCCCCGCUUGACGAGGAGCAGCAGGAGAUGGUCGCCUCCGCCGCCUUCAUAGACCAGCAUUACGGGCACCUGGUGGACGCCGUGCUGGUGAGCGAGGACCUCCAGGCCGCACAUGGCCAGCUCACAGUGCUGCUGGAGGAGCUGAGCAAGGACACUCACUGGGUCCCCGUCAGUUGGGUCAGGUGACUCGACCCUAGACCGUCCAGGUUGGAGAGGACCCAGAAGACCACCCAGUCCAGCCCUCCCAAGUUACCAUGAAGGCUUUCCAGCGUGGGAAGGAACAGCAUUUGCCAUGAACUCCAUCAUCAAGAAGAGUUUAAGUGGGAAGCUUGCUUGUUGUUGGUUUUGUCUGUUGCUUUUCACUGGGCCCCUUUGGAGCAGAAAACCCAGUGAAGAAGGGGCGUCUCACAAAGUAACACAUUUCAUUCAUUAAAGUGUCGCAGGCAAGUGGACCCUGAUUGUUUAUACCAAAG